AUGGAUUCACAAAUACUCAAUACAAAUUUACCACCAUCUACAGGGAGCUCAAGCUCAUCUGUUACGGUCUUAUUAACGCCGUCGAGCUCUGUCCACAGCGAUUUGAGAUCUUAUGCCACACUUCCCUUGUCCCCGCCGCCCAGCGCCGCUGGUAGUAGCGGCUCCAAUCCCGCAGACGACGGCAGCAGCAGCAACAGCUGGCCGUCGUCUUCGUCUGUCUCGUGCCAAUCCCCAAUGCUGCAGCAAUACACUGCGCAGCCCGCACUCCAGGACGGCUCAAUCUACGGGCGCCUCCAAAACCUGGCUGAGCAGCAGCAGCAGCAGCAGCAGCAGCAGCAGCUCCCUGGGAGAAACGACGAAUACAGCCGCAUCCCGUUUUACGCAGUGCGCGCUGUGGCCGCCAUUGACGGCUUUGAUCUGGGUUUCGACCAGAACACAAAUUCACCACCACCGCCUGGUACCACAGGCACCGGCGGCGGCAGCGCACCAUGA